AUGAAAGUUGAAGGCUUGUCGUUGGCAUCACUCAAGAAUCAAUUUCCAAAACUCUCCAACACAAGUGGGUACUUUUGGCAAAUUACAGAUCCGCAUCUUGAUUCCGAAUAUGUGGUGGGAAGUGUUGCGAAUUGUGGACAGUUGGUGUGUUGCAGAAAGAAUUCUCCAAGAACGAAUGGUACAGUUCAAUAUGCAGAAAGAUUUGGAACGUAUGCACCGUGUGACGUUCCUUUGGAGACAUUUGUGAGUGCGUUGGAAUUUAUCAAGAAUUUUCCAGUAGAGGGUGAUUUUGUUUUUUAUGGAGGAGACAAUUUGGUUCAUGAUGAUUGGAAUUAUUCAAAAGAAUAUAAUUUGAAUUAUGCCAUUCUUGUUGCAAAUGCAUUGAGAGUGACUUUGCAAGGAUCGAGAUAUCAAAAUCGAGUCAUUCCUGCAAUCGGAAAUCAUGACUUGGCACCUAUUAAUAUGUAUCCUCUUGAUCCCAAAAUGAAUGAAUGGUAUUUACAUCCUGUUGGUGACGCUUUCCAGUUUUCUUUUAGUAGUUUCCCAGACGGAGAUGCAGCUCUUGCUUCUUUUAAAACUUCUGGAUAUUUUACACUCCUUAUUGAACCAGGAUUCAGAGCUGUUGUGUUAAAUACUCAAUUCCAAAACCCACUUAAUUUCUGGCUCUUAUCCACUCCAGAUAGAGACCCAGGAAAACAAUUAGCAUGGCUCGAUCAAGUUUUAGGAAAGGCACAACAAGCUAAUGAGAAGGUUGUCAUUUUGGGACAUAUCCCACCAGGAAUUGAUACUGGAGAUUUUAUGGAAGAAUCUACAGGAAAUUACAAUGAUGACUUUAGCAAUCUCGUGGCCAAAUACAGCUCCAUCCUUGUUGGUCAAUUUUAUGGUCACACUCACAAUGAUCAUUUUAAGUUAUUCCAAGACCCAAAAACAAAUGCACCAACAGGUGUGGCCUGGGUAACACCUGCCAUUACUCAGUGGUUAUAUCACAAUCCUGCAUUCCGUCUUAUUCAAUACAACAAGAAAACACUUGAACUUGAGAAUUUGUACACAUUCACAGCCAAUUUGACAGAUGCUAAAGAUAAAUUAACAUGGACAUUGGAAUAUGAUGCUUUGACAGGUUAUGGAAUUCCAGAUCUUUCACCACAGACAAUGACUGGUUUGUUGUACAACAAAUUAAAUGCUGUGGAAUCGUAUUGGAAUAAGUUUGCUUUGAGAUUCACAGGUGGUUAUCCUUAUCAUGGCUUGUGUUCAUUCCAUGAAGAAUGUAAAACAAAAAGAAUAUGCGCAAUGGGAAAUAUGCAAUAUUCUGGUUAUGACAAGUGCAUCAAAGCAGCUGGUAGUAAUUCUAAAAGAGGUGUCUAA